AUGCAGCGCGCCGCGCUCCUGGGCGGCGGGCGGGAUGCGCCGAUGGCGGCGGCGGACCUGGGCGAGAUGCUGGUGCCCUACAUGCCCACGAUCCGCGUGCCCAAGGCCGGCGACCGCGUCUACAAGGCGGAGUGCGCCUUCUCCUACGACUCGCCCGAUUCUGAAGGAGGUCUCUACGUGUGCAUGAACACGUUUCUGGGAUUUGGAAGGGAACAUGUUGAAAGGCAUUAUCGGAAAACGGGACAGUGUGCAUAUAUGCAUCUGAAACGACACGUGAUAGAGAAGGUAACAGGGGCUGCAGGUGGAGCCUUACCAAAAAGGAGUAAUGGGAAGCUAUUUUUAGAUCUAGAAACAAAUGGUGAUUUAAACAACGAUGAUUAUGAAUAUGAAGAUGAAGCCAAGCUUGUUAUAUUUCCAGAUCAUUAUGAAAUCUCAUUACCAAACAUAGAAGAGUUACCAGCACUGGUGACAAUAGCUUGCGAUGCGCUUCUCAGCUCCAAAUCUCCCUACCGAAAGCAGGACCCUGAUUCCUGGGAAGAAGAACUACAAGUAUCUAAACAUGCCAAAUCACUUGUACAGUUAGAUAAUGGCGUUCGGAUCCCCCCCAGCGGCUGGAAAUGCUCAAAGUGUGACCUGCGGGAGAAUCUCUGGUUGAACCUGACGGAUGGCUCAGUGCUGUGUGGAAAAUGGUUUUUUGAUGGCAGUGGGGGAAACGGGCACGCUCUGGAACACUACAAAGAGAUGGGAUAUCCAUUAGCAGUGAAGCUAGGAACCAUCACUCCUGAUGGCGCAGAUGUCUAUUCCUUUGAGGAGGAGGAGGCAGUUUUAGAUCCACACGUGGCAAAGCACUUGGCACACUUUGGGAUUGACAUGCUCCAGAUGCAAGGGACAGAGAACAGUCUAAGAGAUAACGACAUCAAGCCAAGAGUCUCUGAGUGGGAGGUAAUUCAGGAAUCUGGCAUGAAGCUGAAACCCAUGUAUGGCCCAGGAUACACAGGCAUGAAGAACCUGGGAAAUAGCUGCUACAUCAGCGUUGUCAUGCAGGCCAUUUUCAGCAUCCCUGAGUUUCAGCGAGCGUAUGUGGGAAACCUUCCUAGAAUAUUCGACUUCUCGCCUCUCGAUCCAACGCAAGAUUUCAACACGCAGAUGGUUAAAUUAGGACACGGCCUCCUUUCAGGCCAGUACUCUAAGCCACCAAUGAAAUCUGAGCUUAUUGAACAGGUGAUGAAAGAAGAACACAAGCCUCAGCACAAUGGGAUUUCUCCUCGAAUGUUUAAGGCUUUGAUAAGUAAGGGGCACCCUGAAUUUUCUUCCAAUAGACAGCAAGACGCACAGGAGUUUUUCCUGCACCUUAUAAAUCUUGUAGAGAGAAACCCUGUUGGUUCGGAAAACCCCAGCGAUGUUUUUCGGUUCCUGGUGGAAGAACGUACGCAGUGCUGCCAGUCCCGGAAAGUCCGGUACACAGAGAGGGUCGACUAUAUCAUGCAACUGCCCGUGGCUAUGGAGGCAGCAACAAACAAAGAUGAAUUAAUUGCCUAUGAACUAAAGAGGAGAGAGGCAGAAGCUGCUAGGAGACCACCACCAGAGCUUGUCCGUGCCAGGAUCCCAUUUAGUGCGUGUCUGCAGGCCUUUUCUGAACCGAACAACGUAGAUGACUUCUGGAGUAGUGCCCUUCAAGCAAAAUCUGCAGGAGUUAAAACAUCUCGUUUUGCUUCGUUUCCUGAGUAUUUGGUUGUGCAAAUAAAGAAGUUCACCUUUGGUCUGGACUGGAUACCCAAGAAGCUUGAUGUUUCCAUAGACAUGCCAGACCUGCUAGACAUCAGUCACCUCCGUGCCACAGGCCUCCAGCCAGGAGAAGAGGAACUUCCAGACAUUGCUCCACCCAUUGUCAUUCCCGACAACCCCAAAGAUCACGUGAUGAACCAUUUCAUGGAGCUUCCAGAUAUCGAUGAUUCUUCAGUGAUGCAACUAGCAGAGAUGGGCUUCCCACUGGAAGCAUGUCGGAAAGCUGUUUAUUAUACUGGCAACUUGGGUGCAGAGGUGGCUUUCAACUGGAUCAUCGCACACAUGGAAGAACCAGACUUUGCCGAGCCGCUCGUUAUACCUGGUUUUGGAGGAGUUGCUGCUGCUGGAGCAGCUGGUUUAGGGGUCAUCGGGUUAGAUAACCAACCUCCAGAAGAGAUGGUAGCUAUUGUCGUCUCCAUGGGCUUCCAGAGGAAUGUAGCUAUUCAGGCACUAAAGGCAACAAAUAAUAACUUGGAGCGUGCACUGGACUGGAUCUUCAGUCACCCUGAGCCUGAGGAAGACAGCGAGACAGCUUCGAAUGUGAUGUAUAUGGAGAAUAAUGCUAAUGCCAACAUCCUCGCAGAGGCAGGUUCAGAGGGGCCCAGGGUCAGAGAUGGGUCUGGAAGAUAUGAGCUCUUUGGAUUCAUCAGCCACAUGGGAACAUCCACGAUGAGUGGUCACUAUGUUUGUCAUCUCAAAAAGGAAGGCAGAUGGGUGAUCUACAAUGACCUUAAAGUCUGUGCCUCAGAACGACCUCCCAAAGACCUGGGCUACAUUUACUUCUACCACAGGAUACCAAGUUAGGCCUCAAACACGUUACUUGGCCUUAAGAAGCCAUAAGCCUUUUUAAUCUGCCAAAAAGUGUUUAGAAAAUUAAAAACAAACAAACAAAAAACACUCCACCUUGGACUGCCAAAAAGCAAAGGAAAACAUGGGAUAUUUACAGUUUAUUUAAAAACAAAACACAACAAAAAACCAGUCAUUUGAUGCCUUCUUCAGUGCUAGUGGGGAAAUUUCUAUUAGGUGAUGAUGUACUGUAGGUUGUUUUAAAUUUAUAUACAUUAAAGGGUACUUUAAAACCCUUCAGAUUGCUGGUGGGAUUUGCAGCCAGCUUACGGAGAAUGUGAAUGUUUCCUGAUCAAACACAACAGCCCAAUUCCUGCCUCAUGGCUCAGCCGUGUCCUGUGAAGAUCUGCGGGGACGUGUCUUUCUAUCAUAGUAGCUGGCCACUGCUUUCAACUGGGGAAUCCAGACGGGUUAUGGAAAUCAGACUUGUCUUUGCCUCAUCUCGAGUUGGAGGGGGGAGCUGUUCUCCAAAGCAGAGCAUGCCUCGGGCAUGACCUUAUGCUUCAUCACAAUGAGAAAAAUGUAGCAUACAUCUGUGAGAAUGUCGUGACUCAGAAUAUUUUGGUUUUUGCCUUUUUUGAUGCUUGAAAUGAAGACAGACCCAUGACAUAUGGGGAAAGCUGUCAUUGUAUAAAGCACUGACCAGGGAUUAUGCCAAAUAAUAAUGGUGGGUUGUAUUUGAUUUUAUGGAUUUAGUUGGGGUGUUACACCAUCGUGAAAUCCUCUUGCCUUCUUAAGUUCUUCCACAGGAUUCAGGUUUAGAAAUGGCUAACAGCAUGCAGGCUGGUUCAGCACCUAAGUCUACACUACUCCGGAUGUGCAAGCACCUGUUUCCUUCCGAUCUAGUUAAACAAGGGCUAACGUCCCUUUUUACCUGUUGCAAAGCAUUUUGCUCUGGUACCAACAAUCCUCCAGCUGAAAUUGGCUCCAUAACAAAAUGCUUGCAAUGUAAUUCUGUUUGCUGCCAAAGGUUGUUUAAUUAUUUAAAUUGCAUCCAGGGGUAGAAGCAAUUGCUUGGUAAAGUAGCUGAUUUAUUGAUUUUUUUUUUAAAUUUUUUUUCCAUUUAAAUUCUUAAUGAUGUAUGAGCUUUCUCAAAACUUGCCAUCGCACUGAUAAGCUGAUUUCCGCCAUGAACACCUUUUAGAAAAGGUUUUGGAGGAAGAAGGUGGCCAUUUCUUCUUCCAUUUUUAAAAAAAUCAUUUAUUUUGGUUUGAACCACAGGCAAGAAUUUAUUUGAAAUCAUGGGCCGUGUGGGUUUUUUAACAGUUAUUAGAUUUUAUUUUAGGGAAAAAUUACAGCAGUGAAUGAGCAACCUUUUUAAGAUAUCCGAAAACUUUAUUUCAUCGUACGUUUACUACUGCUGAGAAACAGUUGGCAAAAUUGCCUCUUGUGACCCUACAGAUCCCGCAAAAUAAAUUGGAACGGUCAAAAGAGUCCGCCUUGCAGGGUGAAGGAGAGGCAAGGAGAUGUUAUUACAUCUUUGCUGCUGCUAAUUCUGCAAGUGUAAUAGCAAAAUACAGGGAAUUAGACACAGCCAAAGGGGCACUGGAUUAAAGAUUGUGGUUAUAACUAGGGCUUUUUAACAUCUGUGGAAAAACUGUUCUCCGUACUAGAACAACCUUGUGUACAUUAAGCAGCGUUGUUAGACAGGCCCUGUUCUUUGGGCUGGCCCCUGAUCUGAAAAGAUAGACUAGGUAUAGGGAGGAAAUGAUGCCUAAUCACUGGGAAAGCUCCUGCUAUUUAGCACCCUUGCAGGCUCGCUAGAAUGGUGUUCCGCUGUGUUAACAAGCGGCUCUCGUGAGAUUUUGCUGCUUUAUAAUUUAUUAAGCAGUUGGUCACGGACAAAUACAAAUUGGCAGCAAAUCAACUUCUCACUAUAUUUGGGAUAUUUGCCUUUCAUUAGAGAAUGGAGAUUUUGAAAAUUGUAUCAGCAAACUGAUCAGUGGCGCUAGCCUGUACCAAAAGUGGGGGGACAAAGGAGGAAACUUCCUGUUUUAUUUGUACUUUUUCUUUCCUACAGAUCCCUUUUUGUGCCCAUUUAUGUUUCAAGCAAGUGGAACACUGCAGCCACCUCCUCUGCCUCAUGAACUUAAAGGGCUAUUUAUAAACCAGCAAGGUCUGGCAUGGCUAACCUUUUUAUUUAAAGAUCUUAGCUAAGUAACAGACAAUAGAGGCUUUACCAUGUUCAUCACCGAACUAACAAAUGGCACGUCUCCCAGGAAUAAGAAUAGAAUGUGAACUUCUUCAAACCAUUUACCUGUAUAUACACAUAGCUAGAACUGGAAAGACUGUGGAUGUGAUAUAUUUUUCAUAUCAGCAACAGGCAAGAAUCUGGGAAAGAGAAGUUAAAAAGGAGGGGAAAAAACAAAGAACUGGCCACAUAGGUGCAUUUUUAGCUUCUGGAAUCCUUUCAGUGCAAGAAUUCUUCAUCAUGUUUGCAUGUAGUUAAAAGUGGGUCAAGAGUGCAGGAUAUACGAAAGGGAAAAGGCUGAAGGACUUUUGAAAAUGUUGGUUUGAAAAUACUUGGAAGUUUUCCAGCCAUUUGUGUGUGUUUUUGUCACCCUUUGCCUAGAUGAUCAGUGUACCGCGUGAAAGAGGAUAAAGCCAAAGGAGUACAGCUGCAUUGGUACAUCCCAAUGCAAAAACUUGACUGUGGAACCAAGAGGUAUUCCUGCUAGAUCAUGUAAAACCAUGCUCAUCUCCAAGCACGUAGAUGGUCUCGCUGAUGUGAAUGGGACCGUUCCAAGUGCUGAUCCUGCAAAUGUGCCUAAGUGCUUUGUUGGAUCAGGGCCUUGGUGAACAGCUUGAAAACUGGUGAAGGGAGGGUCAGUGUCUGUGGUUACAGUUGGAUUGCAGUUACUACUGCAAGGUUUUUCUAAUUGUAUUGUGAGCUUCUUGAGACAAAAGGGUGAGAAGAAAAUCUCGCUGAGCGUCAGAAGGCAAAUUAUUUAAUCUUUUGAAUAGGGUGAGCCGAGAGGCAAAAACCAACCUUUUUUUAUUUCUAGAGCUGUCUGUACAUUUUUGAACAAUGGUUUGGGGGUGGGAUAAAGGAGCUGGGGGGAAGGGGGAAGAAGGAAAAACCUUUUAAUAUUUCUUUCCCUAUCUCACUUUACUUCUAGUGUUGUAGGUACUCGUGUGGUUCACGAUCUCCUCUCUCCAAGGCAGAGGUCGAAUGGGGUUCUUAAAGUCACUUUACCUUGUUGCUUACAAUUAAGAUAAAAUAUUUGAAAAAUCAAAACCCUCAGGCUACCCUAGGAGUCUUUUUGAACUGGAUUCUCCUGUUGCUUAUACCAGUUCCAGGUUGGCGUAGUACUGCUGAAGUCAGCAGAGUUACUCCUGCUUUACACUGGUGUAACUAAACUGGGCCAGAUUCACAGGCGGUGACAACUUCACUGGGAUGCAGGAGAGCAAACUGAGGACAUGGGUGUGCACUGGUCAUCUUUGCAAUGUUUAGAAACAGGCCUUCAGCUCGUUCCUCUGGUUUUCCAUCCUGGUGGCAGUCGUCUUUAUUUUCUCUGCUAUUUGACUUCAGGUGCAUUGAAAGACUAUGCAAAACAUGUCAUAACUGGAUAUGCCUUUUUAUUUUCUUCCCCUCCCCCUAAGCAAAUUCAGUCAAUUUCUGUUAAAUCUUUUGAGGCUUUACUGUUGUAUCUUGGAAGUGUUUGUACUGGUUUAUUUUGCACCAUGGAGAAUGGUUUGCUUGAAGCACUGAUAACGUUUUGGAGCAUACUUGUCUGAGAUGAGAAGAGAUGAAUGACAUUGUUGCAGCUGUUUUAAAUUAAAAAAAAUAUUCUCACA